GUUCACUCUGACUUCCACGCACCGUUCAGAUCUCUGACAUUUCAUCGCAUUCCCCAGUCCAAGGUAUCGGAUCUAAAGCAUAGCCCAACCCAAUAUUGGCCGUCUCACCUUGAUACCAGCAUAACUGCACCUCAGGAGUUCGCCUCAUGGGAAACGACAAGAACGCCGGUGCCUAUUAUGCACCGACGGGCGGAUUGCCCCCACAGUCACAGCUUCUUACCGACCGCGCCAUGUUCACUGAAGCCUAUGCGGUAAUCCCGAAGGGCACAUUCAGCGACAUCGUGACGAGCCUCCUGCCCUUCUGGGACAAGACGCGGUUGUGGGUGAUUGCACGUCCAUUGUCGGGCUUUGCCGAAACCUUUUCGCAAUACAUCAUGGAAGUGGAGCCGGGGGGCGGUAGUGACCGCGCUGAGCUAGAUGACGGUGCAGAAGGUGUGCUGUUCGUAGUUGAAGGCCAAGUAACAAUUACCAUAGCACGCCAAACGCACGAGCUAGUCGAAGGCGGCUAUGCCUAUCUGCCCCCGAAGAGCGGCUGGACGCUACACAAUGCGGGCGCGACCACCGCCCGUUUCCAUUGGAUACGCAAGGCCUAUGAAUAUGUGGACGGGCUCGAUACGCCCGAACCGCUUUUCCUCAAUGAAAAGGAUAUCGCGCCUUCACCGAUGCCGGACACCGACGGUGCGUGGGCAACCACACGCUUCGUCGACCCGAACGAUCCGCGUCACGACAUGCAUGUCACUAUCGUGACCUUCGAGCCGGGCGGGGUCAUCCCAUUCGCAGAAACCCAUGUCAUGGAACACGGGCUUUAUGUACUGGAAGGUAAAGCCGUGUACCGACUUAAUCAGGACUGGGUGGAGGUGGAAGCAGGUGACUUCAUGUGGUUGCGCGCCUUCUGCCCGCAGGCCUGUUAUGCGGGUGGCCCUGGGAGAUUUCGCUACCUGCUCUAUAAGGACGUGAACCGCCACAUGAAGCUAUUGCGAUAGGUAAUGUGGUGAGGGCAGAAUGACAUGUGAAUUGCAUACCAUGCUACCACAGCAGGGAGGCUGCGGGUAAGAUAGGAAUUGCGGGACAGGGGUGAAGGCAGUCGGAAUUGAAAUAAUGGCAAUCCCGUCCUACAGAGGAACGUACAGGGAGUUGAGGUUAUGCUGUGAAAUAGAAGAGCUAAUCAACUACUGCAAGCUAUGUAGUCACUGUAGCCAUCAGUCCAAUAUGGACUGCAAAGAAUAGAAAGGGUAUGAAGGUUCAUGUGUAUCCAAAGUGAUCCAACAAAGUGGAGGAUAGAGAAGAGGCGACUGAUCUAAAA